AUGGGGUGUGCAAGCUUGGAUCUUGAGGCGGAGAUCAGUGCAUUACAGCUCGAUUCAGCAGAUGAUAAUAAUGGAUCUGUGAAUCCAGAAAAUACGAAGCCAAUUGAAGUUGAGAACUUGAGGAGAGUGGAAGAAGAUUUGCAAGAAGCAGUGAAAGAAGAUCUGGCGCCAGUUCCUGAUAACCCUAGAGAUGUCGGAGAUCUUGAUAGUGACAAUGCGCUGCCAGUUCAUCAUGCACAGUCAAAAGCUAAGGAGAAGGCUGCCCAAGAGGAAGCUGAGGAUAAGGCAGAAGCAAACCAAAAGAGACACUUGAAUGUUGUGUUCAUUGGACAUGUUGAUGCAGGAAAAUCUACUAUUGGAGGGCAAAUACUCUUCCUCAGUGGCCAGGUUGAUGAUCGGACGAUUCAAAAGUAUGAGAGGGAGGCAAAAGAAAAAAGUAGAGAAAGCUGGUAUAUGGCAUAUAUUAUGGAUACCAAUGAAGAAGAGAGGGUCAAGGGGAAAACAGUGGAAGUGGGAAGGGCUUACUUUGAAACUGAGAACACCAGAUUUACCAUUUUGGAUGCACCGGGUCACAAGAGUUAUGUCCCAAAUAUGAUUAGCGGAGCAUCUCAGGCAGACAUUGGUGUGCUGGUCAUUUCGGCACGAAAGGGUGAAUUUGAAACAGGUUAUGAGAGAGGGGGACAGACACGUGAACAUGUCCAACUUGCGAAAACAUUGGGCGUGUCUAAACUGAUUGUUGUUGUGAACAAGAUGGAUGAGCCAACUGUGAACUGGUCAAAAGAGAGGUAUGAUGAAAUUGAACAGAAGAUGGUUCCAUUUCUCAAAUCCUCGGGCUACAACACAAAGAAAGAUGUGAUCUUCUUGCCUAUAUCUGGCUUAAUGGGCAUAAACAUGAAAACAAAGAUGGGGAAAAGCAUUUGUCCUUGGUGGAGCGGCCCCUGCUUGUUUGAAGUCCUUGAUUCUAUUGAAAUUCCUCCACGAGAUCCCAAUGGUCCAUUCAGGAUGCCGAUAAUUGAUAAAUUCAAAGACAUGGGAACUGUCGUCAUGGGAAAAGUAGAAUCUGGUAGCGUUCGUGAGGGUGAUUCCAUGAUUGUCAUGCCAAACAAGGAACAAGUCAAAGUUAUUGCUAUUUACUGUGAUGAGGACAAAGUUAGAAGUGCAGGACCUGGUGAGAACUUGAGGGUCCGUCUCUCUGGUGUCGAAGAAGAGGACAUCCUUUCUGGUUUCGUUUUAUCCAGUACAGCAAGGCCCGUUCCUGCUGUCACAGAGUUUGUUGCCCAACUUCAGAUCCUCGAGCUGGUUGACAAUGCUAUUUUCACAGCUGGUUACAAGGCUAUUUUGCACAUCCAUUCUGUUGUUGAGGAAUGUGAGAUAGUUGAACUAAUGCAGCAAAUCGAUCCUAAGACGAGGAAACCCAUGAAGAAGAAGGUUCUGUUUGUGAAGAACGGUGCCUUAAUUGUGUGCCGUGUACAGGUUAACAACACAAUCUGCGUUGAAAAAUUCUCGGAUUUCCCACAACUUGGAAGAUUUACUCUACGGACCGAAGGGAAAACAGUUGCUGUUGGGAAGGUGACCGAUCUCCCAGGAAGCGCUUAAAUCUGAUUUUUGUGGUGAUAGAAGGUAAGGAUACGUAGCAGUGUCUUUGACACACAGUCUCAGUAAGCGAAGAAAUUGUCUCAGAAGGACAGAUUCUCGUGUAAUGAUUCUUCUGGAUUUGGGUUCCUGAACGGCAGGUGACAUAUUCUCAAGGGCCCGGACACCAGAAUUUGAGUUUGUGGUUACAACAGUUUGGAGGUUUGAACUUCAUCUCCUUUUAAGAGAGGGGUAGUCAGUCAUAUUUGGCGGCUUCUAUAUUCUAAAGGUUAGCAGAGAAUAUACGAUUGAACAGAACAAAUGAAAAGGAUGAGAAUCGAAGUUACUAGCUCUUUCAGAUUACAAAUACCCUUUUGGUACCAUGGGAAAUACUUCUCUUCUUUCUCUUGAGUAUUUUUUCUUCCGCCCGGUA